CGGCUCUAGGCCACUCAAUACGGUUCGUUCAUGUGUCGUGUAGUUUAGUUCUUGAUUGGCUGUCAUUUGACAUUGUUGCGUCAAAAUUACUUACUCUGCGGAAUGAUUUUAAUGUGAAAAUAAAAUUUGUGUUUAUAAAAGAUUGCUUGUGUGCGAAUAAACAAAUGAAGGCAUAAAUAGCAAGGAUUGAAGUAAACAAAAGUGAAGUGUAAAUUUCUUCGCAAUUAAAAUUGGCAGUAAAAUUGCAAAAGCGGCUUACAAGAAAUAAAAAAAAAAAAUUAAUAAAUAAAAAAUAGCAUAAACCAGUUAAGUGAAUUAUUUGCUUUCGAAGUUUAAUAAAGAUUAGUGAGUGCAAACUUAAAAAUAACCAAAUACUAAACAAAAUUAAAUGAAUUAAAGUGUGUAAUUUAUACAAUAAUUGCUUCAAAAGAAAUUAACAUAUUUUGGUGUUAAAAGAAAAAUAUUUGCAGUUUCUAUCUAAAAUAUUUGCAGCAAUACUAUUUUGGAAACCGCGUUUAAAAGGAAUUUUCAAAGAGAAGGUGACCAAAUUCCUACAACAAUAUUUAAUACUCUAAACUACACUAAAGCAUUUACGAAACUCAACGCCAAAAAACUAUUCGAAGUGAAUUUUAUUGACAAACAAACAACAUAAAUACUUCAAAAUUUUAAUGAGCGAAGAUAAACGAAAAAGAAUUUCGUUUGAGUAGGAGGAAAUUAUACAACUUUUUUAAAGCAUAAAAACGGCAAAACAAAAAAAAAUAAACAAAAACCAUUUCAAUAAAACCAGCCAAGUAGAAGUGUGAGCCGUUCAACGAUUUUGAUUCGACAACAACAGCAUUGAACAAAGUAGCGGAACAUUCGGAAUUCAACUGAGAAAAAAAUAAGCAGUGAAUGGCCAACAGGCAUCAAUCACAAUCAAAAACGCAAAACCAGCAACAACAAGCGCGACAUACAUAAAAUGUGUUCCAAAAAUCAAAUGAGUGUUCUCAUGGAGAAAUUGAAUACGGUAUGUAUUUGAAAACUGCACGUUUGGCCGUAUUAUUGUAUCUACGUUACGAUAUUUUUGAUUCGUAUGAAAACAAAGAUGCGGCUUAUGAUAUUUUCAUUAAUGUAAAACAGAUAUAAGAAACCAUUACGUUCUCACUCUCUGACAUCGAACAUCCAGCUUUUGUGACAACAGCAAACAGCUUCUUAAGAAUUUUUCGUUAUACAUAACUGAGAAAAGAGCAUAAGCUAUCCAAAAAAACCAAGCUUACCAAGAUGUCAUCAUCAAAAUUUUUGGUCAACGGACCACGCCCACUAGUCUUAUGUGGCCCAUCUGGAUCGGGAAAGAGCACUUUGCUGAAGCGGCUUUUCGAUGAGUUUCCUUAUACGUUCGGUUUCAGCAUAUCGCAUACCACUCGCGCACCACGCGCCAAUGAACUCAAUGGCGUUCACUACCAUUUCGUCGAUCAUCAAACAAUGAAAGAAAAAAUAGCAAAUGAUGAAUUUAUUGAAACUGCCGUUUUUAGUGGCAACACGUACGGCACCAGUAAGGCAGCAGUGCGUGACAUACAGCAGGCUGGCAAGGUGUGCAUACUGGAUAUCGAGCCACAAGGUGUGGAGCAAAUCAAAAAGACGGACAUGAAUCCUAUACUCGUAUUUAACAAUCCACCAACAAUAAAAGAUUUGGAGAUUCGCUUGCGUAAGCGCCAAUCGGAAACGGAGGAAACCUUACAGAAGCGUCUGGCAGCAGCUGUAGAUGAGAUAGCCUAUGGCUUGAAGGCUGGGAAUUUCCAUAAGAUUAUAAAUAACAUCGAUAUUGAUGACUCGUACAUCGAGUUCAGAGACUUCGUUGUAGAUGAGUUGAAGAAGCAAGAAGCCAAAGGCGUCACUAUUCGUUGGGAACAAUAAAUAUAUAAAAUAUACUAAAAAAUACACUUUUAAAUUUGUCGUUGCUUGUACAAGAUAAGAAUAUUUGUAUCUAUUGAAGAGUUGAAUAAUAAAAAUGUUUAAAGAAAAUCGCUUGGUUUAAAACAAA